AUGGCAUUGCGUCUCAGUUUCCCACGCAUAGUUUUAUUAUUAAUAAAGAACCGACGAAUUACGUCUGUAUUACCACCUAUACGCUAUUAUAAUCGAAAUCCAGUUGAGGUAUUAUUCGGUGCAGCUUCAAAUGUAUUUCGUAAUUUUGAAAAAGAACUCGAUCGUGCACAACGUCAAUUUAAUGGAUUAUCGAAUCGAUCAGAAUUUGGUUCAAAUAGCAGAAACUUAGCUCGUGUUAUGCAGUAUCCAAAUGAACGUCCUGCACAAUCAGAUAUGAUUGUUACCGAAUCGGAUGGAACAAGAAAGUUUUUGAUAUCGUUUGAUAUGCACGAUUUUGAGCCAGAAGAAGUGAAAAUAAUAACGGAAAAUGGAGUUUUAACAAUCACAGCCAAAAAGGAGAAAAAAGAUAAAGGAGCAUAUUCAUUACGUGAAUUUAGUCAAUCUUAUUCGUUACCAGCUGAAUUAAAUAUUGAAGAUUUAAAGUCAACAUUUUCUGAAGAUGGAAUUUUAUCCAUUGAAGCACUUCUACCAAAGACGACACCGAAAGAUCGUACAAUCAAAAUUGAACAUAAAAAAUAA